CGCUAAACACACACGCACGCACACGCGAAGUUUGACAGUAGGCAGCACUGCCUUAAGCGCACGUUUGCGCUUUUUUCCUAGGCACCUGUCGUGUGAAAUUUUCCUUUUUAAGUAGCCAGCAGUUUGCGGUAAACGCCAAGCUUUCCAUUCUGAAGAAACAUAAUACUUCGAAUGCUCAUCAGUUUUCUGCUUUAUCAAUAAUCAUUGUUUCGUAAGGAGUGAUCUGAAAUAUCUUAUUUUGGUAGUGGAAACAAAGAGUAUAGAGGAAUACAAAUAUGUCUAGAGACCCUGAAGAAGUGAACAAGCUCACCGAAAGUACAUACAAGAAUGUCAUGGAACAGUUCAACCCUGGGUUGCGGAACCUGGUCAAUCUGGGGAAGAGCUAUGAAAAGUCAGUUGCUGCGAUGACCCAAGCUGGGAAGCUGUACUUUGAAGCAGUUUCAAAAAUAGGAGAAAAUGCAGCAGUGUCACCAGUCUCUAGGGAACUGGGGGUUGUGCUGAUGGAGAUCUCAGAGGUGCACAGGAAAAUUUACAUGGAGCUGGAGGAGAAUUUUAAAAGAUUUCACAAAGAGAUCAUUGCUGAAUUGGAAAGGAAAACUGACAUGGAUGUGAAAUACAUGACUGCAACAUUCAAGAGAUACCAGACGGAGCACAAACUGAAGCAGGACUCACUGGACCGAUCGCACUCAGAACUGAAGAAACUGCGGAGGAAGAGCCAGGGCAAGAACGCCACUAAGUACGAGAGCAAAGAGAAUGAGUACAUGGAGGUGAUUACCUCCCGUCAGAUGGACAUGCAGAAGUUCAUUGCGGACGGCUGCAGGGAGGCCCUGCUGGAAGAGAAGAGGAGGUUCUGCUUCUUGGUGGACAAGCACUGCACCUUGUCCUACCAGAUAAGCACCUUCCAUGACAAGGCAAAAGAGAUGCUGUCUGUGAAGCUGCCCAGCUGGCAGGACAAGUGCAGUGAUGCCACCAAGGUACCGGACAGUGUGAUGUCCAUGAUCGAGGGGCUCCGAACCCCAGUAUCCAUGACGCCCCAGCCCUCGCCCCUCAUGGAGCGCUACAACAGGAACAACCUAGACACAAUGAUUCCACCUCCGGCCCCACCCCUAAAGGCGCAAACCAGCCCUCUGGCAAACAUGUUCACCCAGGACACACCCAGGGCUCCCAGUACAGCUGACCGGAUCUCAGAUCACAGCAGCAAUGAGGAGAGCAGCUUACCCAGGUCUGUGUCUGUGUCCACGGGCCUCAACAUGAUCAAAAGGCCGAAGGUUCGAACCAUCUUCCCUCACACGGCCGGGAACAACGACACCCUCCUCAGCUUUGAUGAGGGCGACAUCAUCAUUCUGCUUAUCCCUGAGGAGAAGGACGGCUGGCUAUACGGGGAAAUGGAGAAGUCAAGACAGAGGGGUUGGUUUCCAUCAUCCUAUUGCCGUCCUUACACAGAGCCUGUGAUCAAAAACAGUGUGGGCACUCCGGUUCGCAGCGUGAGUGUGGCCAACCUGGCAGAGCAGGAGCAGGCAGCCGUGGUCCUGCCACCACCGGACUACUGUGACUCGCCCAACCAGAGCUCCCCCAGCAAGCCAUCCACACCCUCACCAGAGAACACGGUGACUCAACCAAAUGGAAUCUCAAAGCCUCCUUUCCUGGGGGGAGGGAAUCCCUUCGCAACUGUCAAGCUGCGGCCCACGGUCACAAACGACAGAUCAGCCCCGAUCAUCUAACAGUCGGGCAUCCUGUCUUGCGGUCCAGCAUUGGGGAUUGAUUUUGGGCUGCUGGCCUCCGCUCCAGGGUCUUAGUCCAACCAGUAUCUCCUCAAGCCCCUCGUGCCCAUCAGAUCUGCAGGGUGAAGCUAAUGUCCUCAUUUCUAUAAUAUGUAGUGGAAAACGGAAAUAUGCAGGGGUGAGAUGCAGGUUAGAUUGACAAUGCAGGGAGCUGUAUUGGAGAAUCUCUGCUACAGAUGCCAUGUUUAUUUCAGUAAUAAUGUCUUAAACUUAUUGCUGCAUACGCUCACAUUGAG